UGGACGUUAAUUGUUUUCCUCAUUGACAUUAAGAUUCUGACAUUUGUUAUUUUUUGGGACAUUAAGCGAGCUUUAGGUUUUUUACAUUAAGACUGUCAUUGCUGAAAUAGCUUUAUAUAUUAGGAAAAAAGUGCUCUGUCGCCAUCUUGUGGCUUGAGUAGGCAAUUACAAACCAUUUUAAUAAUUAACCCUUUAAAAUGCUAAAUUUUUUGGCAUCACAUUUUGGACCUUCACGUUCCCGUAAUGUCGUUCCAAUGUGGAUGUUUUGUAAUUUUUUUCUUCCUAUCAGAUGGCUAUACAGUAUUUUUUUAACCCCCUCCUUCCCCUUUCCUAUCUCAUCAGCUACACCUCCUCAUCCGUUUCUCCGACGCCCCCCAUACCUCUGCCUCCUGCAUCCCCCCCCCUCCACUGCUGAUAGCCCCUACCCACACGCCCUCCCUUUCCCAUCUACCAUGUUGGUAAAAAUAUCUGCAGACAGCAGGAGAGGAGGCUUUCUCGCUUUCUCUCUCUCUCUCUCUCCUCACUGCUCGCUCUCAGACAAUCCACCCAUGUGACUUCUCAGGCUGACUGUGCCUCAGCUCCAUUCAGCCUCUUUGCCUACCAGCCGGCUGCUGCUAAUGAGCCUUUGUGUGGCAGGGAGAGCAACACUAUGACAAAGAGGGAGCUAAAGUGUGAAAGAUUGUCUUAUUGCUUCUCGUAAUAAAGCAUACAGUAUCGACAGUCUCAUCUCUCAGGCUGCAUCCCCCUCUUUGUCUCUCUCUCUCUCCCUCUUUUUUUUUUCUUUUUUUAAACCUCAUGCUGAUGGACCUCUGGGGCCGCUGCAAGUCAGUGGACUGAGACAAAAUGGGAAGCUCUUCAUCCAUCAUGUGUGAAUUGCCGCAUUAAUGAUUGUGUAGCCGUCCUGCUGUGAGAAGAGGUGAAAGGAGUCAGAGUCCGCCAGUGGAUGCAGGUGCAGAUGUGUCAGGCCAUGAGCGGAAUACUGAAAAGGAAAUUCGAGGAGGUGGAAGCCUCCUCCUCCCCGUGCUCUUCCUUGAGGGAGUCUGAUGAUGAGGUAUCCUGCAGCGAGAGCGGGGAUAGCAGCGACAGCGUCAACCCGUCCGCCUCCGGCCCUUUCACCCCUGGCUCCAUCCUAAAGCGAGAGAAGCGUCUGUGCACGAGGAGGGUGCACUUUGAGAAGGUGACCGUGUACUACUUCAGCAGGAGGCAAGGCUUCACCAGCGUGCCAAGCCAAGGCGGCAGCACGCUGGGCAUGUCCAACAGGCACAGCUGGGUCAGGCAGUAUUCCCUGGGCGAGUUUGCCAUGGAGCAGGAGAGGAUUCAUAGGGACAUGCUGAGGGAGCAUCUCAAGGAGGAGAAGGUUAACUCUAUCAAACUCAAGCUUACCAAAAACGGAACAGUGGAGUCCGAGGAAGCCAACACACUCACCGCAGAGGACAUUUCCGACGACGACGUCGACCUGGACAACACGGAGGUGGACGAGUACUUCUUCCUGCAGCCCCUGACCACUAAAAAGCGGAGGGCACUGCUCCGUACCUCCGGGGUUAAGAAGAUUGAUGUGGAAGAGAAGCAUGAACUUCGGGCCAUCCGUGUGUCCAGAGAGGACUGCGGUUGUGACUGCAGAGUCUUCUGCGAGCCAGACACCUGCGCCUGCAGCAGUGCGGGGAUCAAGUGUCAGGUGGACCGCAUGUCAUUUCCAUGUGGUUGCACAAAAGAAGGCUGCAGCAAUUCGAGCGGCAGAGUGGAGUUUAACCCCAUCCGCGUUCGGACCCAUUUUCUGCAUACCAUAAUGAAGCUGGAGCUGGAGAAGAGUCGCGAGCAGGCGCAAGCUUCCCCCGCCAAUGGUUACCUAGGCAACGAGGCAGUCAGUUCCAACUCUCUGGUUCAGUCUCAGCACAGGUUAGACUACUCUUUGCCUGACGCCGUUCCGCAAAGCGCCGGCGUGCACUUGCAGACGGCCGACGAGAUGGACGAGCCGCUGGAGGACGAGGAUGAUGAGGAGGACGAGGACGACGAGGACGACGAGGAAGAUGACAACGAAGAUGAGGAGGACAGCAGCAGCGUUUUUAGCGGGAUUUCAGACUCCAGCACUCAGAGUUUAGCCAACAGCGACUCAGAGGAUGAGGAAGACGAAGAUGAGGACGAGGACAGGUCGGAGAACUUGUGUCACACGGAGGUGGUGCCAUUGGCCUCCGUGCUGUGUUACGGCGACGACGAGAAUCACGUAAACGGGAACGCUUAUUUAAUGAACGCCCCCUCGGCUGAAUACUAUCAGCUCGCGAAUCCAGGCCCCGCCCACAGUGGCACGAGCCGCCAAUCAGGCGAACCCUACGGGGAAGCCUUAGCAUUCCAAGAGCCAAUCAACGGCACCCAAACCCAGGGCGCCUUCCCCAAACAGCCAGUGGAACAGUACUCUACGAAUUUUAACAUGGGCGGAAGCGCACCGGUGGCCACUCUAAGCCACUACGUCCACGAAAACGACAAAGCGGAUUUUGUGGAUCCUGAGGACCAGUUUCACAACUAUCUGAACAAUAACACCCAUGCACCGUUCAGCACUCACGGCUCAUGCGCGUCGGCCGAGCCGCCGCCGCCGCCGCAGUCCAACGUUAACGGGCACCCCGACUUGAACUUACUUGCAACGAGUACCAAGAAUCUCUCUUUACCGGCAGUGUAGAAACGGCCACGUUUGCAUUUUGACUUGCAAAGGUUGAAUUGAGGCAACUGACUUAAGUCAAUUGUUGACUUAAAACAAUUGUUUGUUGAAGGCGUUUCACCUUUAAUAUGGGAGGUUUCUAAAAUGUUAGUGUGGUUGCAUUUCGCUCCUAAAAUUUUGGAAAUCCGCUUUCACAUGUGCCACCAAUUUUUAUUUUUUUACUUUUUUAUUUUUAUUGCUUACAAAUUCCAGUCUUCAACCCAAUGGAACCCAAUUUCCAAGGAAUAAACAAGGAGAGUCCUAAAAUUUUGAAUUAAAAAGUCCAAGUGUGAAAUGUCUUCAACCAACUAAACUCCAAUCGCCUGAAUUCAAUUUUUGUGGAUUACCAUGAUUUAGAGAUCCAAAAUGGACAUCUUGGAGUAUUACAUUCAAAGCCUUUUGCAUUGUCCAAACCCAGCACCGUGGCCCAUUUUCUCGGUGUCGUCAUUCCAUCAUAGGAAUGUUUCAGAGACCUCACAUACGACCACGAUAAAGCCGAUGGAAGCUCAAUUACAUCACGCCGUGCAAUGUUAUCUUGUAAUUUCAGAUGUAAAGUUCUAGUUUUGAGCAAAUAUUGUACCGUAGAUGGAACUUUUAUAUGUCUAUCGUGUGUGUUGAAAUGUGUUGCAAAAAGGAUUAACGUCAAGUUUAUUUAUUAUUGUUUAGGAAGUAUACGUACAGUAUAUAUUGUAAAAGUUUUGAUAGUACGCAUGCUUUUUUUUGAGGAAUUGCAGCAGUAUUUAAGGGGAACAAAAAGCCUAUUGUUUUGUACAAAAACAAAAAAUGUGCUUGUUUUUUUCCCUUCCUAUGAUAUGCUUUUCGAUGGUUAGAAAAGCAUGAAAAAGCCUGAGUUGUUUGUUGUCAUUGGUCAGAUUGUAACCUUUAUUGGGACUACAGUACAGUGUUUUUCUUGAAUUGAUACUUGAAUGGUGAAAAGGUCGAGAGUUGCCAUGUUCAAAGCGUUUCAUUAAUACAGGGAUAUUAAUUAAAUAGCACUUUGAAAUGUCUCCAAAAACGAUUUAAAUUCAUACUCAACACAAAGUAACUUCUAAAUAUUUAUUUAAAAUAAUGUGAUUUUUUUUUUUAUUGAUUUGAAUGCAGUACAAAU